CUUGUUCCUAAAUUUUUAUUUAUUCAUUUAAACAAUUUUAUUUAAAUUAUUUGUAAAUAAUUUUUAACAUAAUAUACUGCCUUAUUAAAUUCUCAUCAAAAAUGAGUUUAAAAGAAAUAUUACUAGAAGCCUGCGAAUGCGACAGAGCUGGACGAAUUCUGCAAGCUCAGCAUCUUUAUAAAGAUGGAAUUUUGGUGCUUCUUAAAACAGCUGAAGCUGAAAAAGAUUCAGAAAAACGAAAAUAUUAUAUUGGAAAAAUUGAUGAAUACAAAACUCGUCUCGAUUUGAUACGAAACAAAAUCGAUGCUCAUGCGACGAAAGGAGACGUCGUCGAUAAUAUUCCCAUUAUGGAAGGUUCCACAGGUCACAGUUAUCAACAAUUGUUUGGCAAAUAUUUGGAUAAUGAUGUAAAAGAAGUUGAAUUAGAUGAAGCGUAUUUAAUGGAAAAUCAUCAGAUGCAAAAUCUUGUAAUGUUCCUCGAAUUAGUUGUCAAAAAGUGUCACAGUCUGAGAUACAUUCGAAUCAUUACAAAAAAAGACGAACGUUCAGGAAGUAAUCAAAAAGAUUCCUUUGACAGUAUUAAAGCUGACCUUGCGCGUAGAAAUAUUCAAUUGGCUGUGGAAUUUCAAAGUAAUUUGCAUGAUAGAAAAAUAUUAUUAAGUAAUGGAUAUAUCAUUAAAAUUGGUAGGGGAUUGGAUAUUUACAAACCAAAACCAAGUCGAUUUUGUCUCGGUUCGACGGACUAUGACUUCCGAGAAUGUCGAAAAACUGAAGUGGACAUUUGGAAGUGCAAGAAAUAUGAUUGAUAUAAAUUUUUGUUAUUGUAUUUAAGCGCAAAUAAAUAUAAGCAUAAUAAUAA